AUGACACGUGACGAUUCGCUGUCAACGAUGCGGGCUGUGUUCUACGCUGGCCACAACGCCUUCCGCCAGAAGGUCGCAAUAGGUGAAAAAGUGGCCGAUAUCGAGUACAAUAACUCUCCCCGUCUGAUGUCAGGAAUGACAUACGAUUGCGACCUGGAACAAAGGGCGAGGGAAGUGCUAAAUUAUGGUCCAAACUAUCCAAUGAGCGGAUAUUCCAUCAAUUACAAAGAAGGCCCAGUUAAAUAA